AGAGAGGCCGGAAGUUGUCCUCACCAAAUCGCUCGCGCUUGUUAGGGUGGCAAGCUGAGGCUGCGUUAACUGGGUGUGCAGGCAGCUCGCACGGUACUCCCGGUCGUGGGUCGGCGUGAGGGGCUCUGGGGUUCUGGGCGGGGGUAAUGGCAUCUCGGGCAGGCCCGCGAGCGGCCGGUACCGACGGCAGCGACUUUCAGCACCGGGAGCGCGUCGCCAUGCACUACCAGAUGAGUGUGACCCUCAAGUAUGAAAUCAAGAAGCUGAUCUACGUGCAUCUGGUCAUAUGGCUGCUGCUGGUUGCCAAGAUGAGCGUGGGACACCUGAGGCUAUUGUCACAUGAUCAGGUGGCCAUGCCCUAUCAGUGGGAAUACCCAUAUUUGCUGAGCAUUGUGCCUUCUCUCUUGGGCCUCCUCUCCUUCCCUCGAAACAACAUUAGCUACCUGGUGCUCUCCAUGAUCAGCAUGGGGCUCUUUUCCAUAGCUCCCCUCAUUUAUGGCAGCAUGGAGAUGUUCCCUGCUGCACAGCAGCUCUACCGCCAUGGAAAGGCUUACCGCUUCCUCUUUGGUUUUUCUGCCGUCUCUGUCAUGUACCUGGUGUUGGUGCUGGCGGUUCAAGUGCAUGCCUGGCAGUUAUACUACAGCAAGAAGCUCCUAGACUCUUGGUUCACCAGCACACAGGAGAAGAAGCGUAAAUGAAGCCUGCCUUAUGGACUAUUCUGUGGGGUGAAGCCUGGGCCUCCUGUUGAGCCGAGUGAGAAGGUAGAGGAGCUGUUCUGAAAUUGUUGGUGAUUUUGGCAGCUAGUGCAAACUAGGCCCACAUUCUGGAAAGCUAUUGCCAUCAGCUGAGGUGGCAAAACUAUAUUUAAUUUAUUCCUGGUUGGCUGGAACUGGGUGAUCAACAACUAUAAAGCAAACUUCAACUGGUUGAAGUUGAGGCCCUCCAGGGUUUUUCGUUAAGACGGAGUCUCAUCCUUGCCUCUUCUUGGUCAUUCUCUCCGCUUCCAUCCAUUACCCCUUAGCCGUCAAGACUGAAAGAGAUAGGGAAUAAAUCAAAUUCUACUUCAAUCUGUAGGUGGUGAGGCAGGAAACAUUUGGGAGGCUCCCCCUGCAGGCUGUGGUCUCUACUGCAAAGCAUUUUAAUUAAAAACUUCAAUAAAAUUACAACUACCUUGUCAA